UCAUUCCCAAUUCCACAUUCAAAAGCCUUAAGAACUCGGCAAAAGAGCAAAAAUCAGCAAUAGCAACCGUUGGGCAAAGCGCUCCAAUCAAGCGUUCUUCCAUCCUUUCGGGCACCGAAACCUUGGAGGAACUGAAGCAAAUGCGCGAUUUGCUGCGCAAAACCUCCUAUGUACCCAAGCAGCCCCCUAGCAGACGCCCGACUAUUGAGAAAAUCAAAAGCGCAAUCGAGCAGGAAAAGCGCGUCCUCAUGGACGAGCGGGAGGCUCUGGAGAUCGUCAAAGAAGAGCUGCAACUGGUCGACACGUCCACUUCCACCACCACAGCAGUCAAAGUGAAGAGAUCCAAGAAAAAGAAGACAAGCAAACGCGAAAGCCCCAACAAGAGGAAGAUGGGCGGCAAAGUGAAGAUGAAGUUGGGCAAAGUCGACGUGGAAAUUCAAUGCUCCAUCGGCAAAGCCGCCUAGAUUUAAUUGCGCCCAAUGAAAACAUUUGCUAUUCCCUUGACAAACCGCGUUAAUAUAUUCCCUUUUUCACCCAAAUGCGAUAUGGAUUUUUAAACACUCCAACAAAGUGAAUACCUGAUUGCAACACUUGGAUAUAAAAGCGGCGAUUUCCAUCGGAACCCUCUGAAAGUGGGCAACAUGAUCAAACAGCCAUCGUAUGAGGUGUAUGCCACUGACUUUUUCUCGGUGAACCGAUGGAUUUUGAAGUGUGCGGGGCUCUGGCCGCCCAGCACCCCCAACAGAGUCGUUCGGCGCUUGUACCAGCUCUACACCAUUGGCGUGUUUCUCUUCGUGAACCUCUGGUUCACUGGUACCGAGUUCGUGUCGCUUUUUUACACCUACAAGAGCCAGUACGAGCUGAUCAAGAACGUCAAUUUCUUCCUCACUCAUUUCAUGGGCGCCGUCAAGGUGAUUCUUUGGUACUUCUACGGCCAUCUGCUCAGGGACAUCAUGAACGCGUUGGAGAGUCCUCAGCUGCACUAUGAGGGUUAUGCGGAUUUUAGCCCCCAUCGGAUUUCGCACCUUCAUAGGGCCAUCGGGCGCAGAUAUUCGCUGCUGUUCCUUUGCUUGGCCCACGCCACUCUCAUCUCCUCGUACAUCCCGCCCCUGAUCGCCGUGGCCGAGUAUUUGAACCAACCGCAGGGCGGCCUGCAGAAGCUCCCCAGCCGACUGCCCUACUUCUGCUGGAUGCCCUUCUCCUAUGACACGCCAGGCAAAUAUUUGCUGGCCGUGGCUUAUCAGGCAGGGCCAAUGUUCUCCUAUGCGUACAGCGUGGUGGGCAUGGACGCGCUUUUUAUGAACAUCCUAAACUGCAUAGCAGAGAACAUGGUACUGAUCCAGGGGGCCUUUAAAACCGUGCGCGAAAGAAGCACCCUACACUACUGUGUGGGGGCACUGGCGCCCCCUUGCCACGCAAUUCGCGAGCACCCACUGGUGCUGAGACAAAUGGAUUUGGAGACGAAAAAGAUCAUCAAACACCUGCAAAUCACUCUAAGAGCCUGCAAGCACCUGGAGGGAAUUUACCACAUAAUAACCCUCAGUCAAGUGACUGCCACCUUGUUCAUCCUGUGCACCAGCCUCUACUUGAUUUCCACUGCCUCGCCAUUCAGCAAGCAAUUCUUCGCGGAAUUAGUCUACAUGAUGGCGAUGCUCUUCGAGCUGUUUCUCUAUUGCUGGUUCGGCAAUGAGGUCACUCUAAAGUACGAGCAGCUCCCGAUGCAUAUCUGGGAGAGUCAGUGGCUGGCGACCGAUGACUGUUUCAAGAAACAAAUGAUAUUUACCAUGUUGCGCACUAAUCGCCCCGUUUACUUCACCGCUGGCAAACUGGCCCGCUUGACUUUGCCCACAUUCAUGUCGAUUCUCAAAACGUCCUACUCGAUCUUCGCGCUGAUUAAAAACUUCUCCAAGUAAACCGCUAGUUGAUGACGACCGGAAUUUAAACUGCAAACUGUAAUAGACAUUCUUUAGCAAAGUAUAUACACAAGCAGUUAGUGCCAAUUAACUAGGUAUCCUAUUGGAAUGGUGGAUGAACACCCAGGGUCACAUGGGGUGGAAAAAGAUGCCUUCUAGCUCGCUUUCGCACAGUCGUUUCACCUCCUCUGCAAAAGAAAACUUUUCAAAAUUGAACGCACUCAACCAGCUGAGCCAAUCAGACCGCUGAUGGAAAUUAGGCUGGCGCUCUUCUGUUGCAGCACAAUGUAAAACUCCCGUAGGUUCGACGUUUUACUAAACACCCAGUAAUCAUUGGUGGUUUUCACGAUGUUCUCGCCCGAGGGGCCGAGGAAAUGGCUCGUAUUCUUCAUGUCUGCCAUUAUCCGCAACGAGUCCGCACUACAAGCCACAUUCCCCGUAUGUUUGUUGUCCAAAUGAACCUGAAAACUUGCCGAUUUUAACCCCGGAAACCUCAAUCGAACUGGUUCCUCACCGUGCUUUUACAGGCCAAAUUCAGCUUAUUGAAGUAGAUAAACUUGGGCGAACUUUCCUGAAUGUUUGACGGCGAAACCACCUGCUUUGAACAAUAGUCUGCAAUGCUGUUCACUAUAGGCGACAAUCGCGGGUUUAUGUGCUCAUCCAGGGCCUUGAAUUGAUCCAAUGUUAAUUCGGUUUUACCUAAAAUGCAUUAAAGUUGAGUCAAAUCAAA